UAGGAGAAGACCAACAUAUUCAGAGGGGGUAGUAAAUUGAGUAUUUGGUCAAACUAUCCAUUAAUGUUUGGAAGAUCUUCUCGAUUCAUUCAUACCACACACAACUUGGCAAGAGUUUAUUGACCUUGAUUCAAUGGCCAAGCACAACCCGACGACCAUGGAUGAUGAUCUGAUUACACAGAUCACUUCGACGCAGCCAUCUUUCACCCUGCACUCUCCAGCUAUGGACUUCAUUGAAAAUAGAAUGCAACAAUAUCAUCCAGCUUUCGAUGCACGCCGUGUACAGUUCGACCCUGCCGAAGGCCUCUUUAGACCGCGGUUCCAAAAUUCACUCGGUGCUGUCAUAUCCCAGCAGGCAACGUCAGCAAUGCUUGAUGUGACGCAUUUGCCUUCAGCAACACAGCGAUCAGUACGUCCCAUGAUGAAAUCUGUCAGCGACAUGGCUUUCUGGAAGGCUGUUCUCCCCAACUCAAUGGAGCUGCUAAGAGGAGAGACUUCCCCCUGCGUCAUAAAACACCCAGAGUGGGGAAUCCGGCAUUUAACAACAUGGCCUGAUGUAGAAGGAAAGUUGGACUCGGCCAGGCAAAAGUACGAGUUUCACCAAGGCCACGCUCAUGUAGGGAAAUUCAGAAGGAAUUUGCGGAGCAUCCUAAACAAUCAGACAUCGACUAUGCACCAAGUGGUAAGGCUUGUUCCAGAGAUAGACUUUUCGAAACCGAUCGUCGGCGCGAUCAAAGUUGUUUUGGAUGCUUAUCGCCAAGUGUCUCAGACGAGGGAAGAUGUAGCGACACAAUUCGAGGACUUGCCUGAAGCAUUCGAGAAGAUUGACUUCUACCUUCAAGCUUAUCCAAAGGACGAGAACAUUCUAGCUGCUUCAAAUGGCCUUGUUUGUGCGAUUUUGAAGGCCAUAGAGUAUUCUAUUGCGUUCUACACAAGCCAUCAAGCAAAACGUGCCGGCAUGGCCCUCAUCUCGGGUCCCGAGUAUCAGAAGGCCUUGUAUCAGAGUCUUGAAGACGUCAAGAGCCGGUGCAGCUCGUUAGAAAGUCAAACCAAGAUGUCUCUAGCGCAUCGUGUCAGCAGCGAUAACGGCCAGAUAAUGCAACAGAACGACUCAAUUAUGAGGGACACAGCUCUGUUACAAAUUGUUCUAGGGUCAAUACAUCGAGAUGUUCAGAUGAAUAAUGCUGGCAUGGCGUUUUUUGCAAACUUGUUCAAUGGGGUUCUUCCGCUACUCAACGAUCUUGCAAAGGAAAGACAGUUGAGAUCACCUCUGCUUCGGACACCAUCACCGCUACCACAACUCAUCGAGGAACAACAAUUCUGGCUGCCCCGAGACAUUUUAGUCCGUCUAAGAAUUACAAAUAUAGACGAAGAAGAUCUAAGGCACGUAGCUGAAAGCACGGAGUUGGUACUCCACGAGGACAGAGGGAGAGCGCAACACAUUCUAGGAACAAGCCAGUUCCGUAACUGGAUGGCAAGUAACCACUCCGCUAAGUUACUCAUUCAUGGGGAUUUCCGCUCUUCCAUGGAUAUCUCUCCGCUCUCGGUGAUCUGUACCCUCCUGACUCAUACGUUCCGCGGCUAUGGCAAUGGCUUCAUUGGCCUUGUCUUCUUCUGUGGCCGUCAUAUGGCUUGGAACCAGUACCGGGGCGGCUUGGCUAUGGUGCGAUCUCUUAUUGCGCAGAUCAUUCGGCAGUUUCAUUUCCAGCAUGUCAAGCCGGGUCCAGGGGUUUUCCUAGAGGACAUUGAAAGUGAUGAUGUCAGUAUCUUGUGCGACAUUUUCAGCUUCUUGAUCCGACAAUUGCCUCCAAAGAUGGUGGUUUUUUGCUUGGUCGAUGGUAUCUGUCUAUACGAAACCGAAGAGUACUUACAUGGGAUGGAUGCCGUUGUUCUCAGCUUGGUGAGACUGGUGGAAGAAGGCGGAUAUGGCGGUCGACCAACCAUCAAAUUGCUCAUCACGAGUCCGCAACCGACCGUCGAGGUCAGGCAAGUCUUCGAUCAGGAUCCAGAGUCGCUGCUUCAUAUGCACGAAUUGCCUGUAUCUGGGGAUGGGAUGAGUUCGGCUAGCUUACAAGAGCAGUUGGCCCAGGGAUUUUUCUAAGGAAGCGAAGGCCGAAAUUUCCCAUCGUGAGAUAAGCUACAGGCUUAUUCAGGUGUAAUUACGAAAGCGAAACAAGAUUAGCCGGGAAAGUUAAUGGGAAUUGAUCAGGGUUCGGGAAUAACGCCUUUGUCGUGAUGGCUUCCACCAUCUGUGGCCUCACCAAUCGUCACG